UCUUGAAAUGAACCACACACGUGUGUUGCACCAUGCCGCGAGGACCGUGGUAUUCUCUUCAAAUAUUAGUAGGAGAAACCAUCCUGCGGGAGUAUCAUAAAGAUGGCAAGACUUACGUGGAAUGCAACCUUCAAGGUCCGGACAGUUACCUGGUUCAGAGAACGGAAAUUGUGGACGGCCAGGAAGAAACACAGGCCUGGCCAGUGACUCCAUACCGAGUUAUCGUGACAACCGACUACUCUGCACCAACUUGUUUCUAUUCGUUGUACGUUGAUGGGGAAUUUAUCUGGACUACCCAAAUUCCCCCAUCACAUACUUUUGAGUUCUUCUACCACAGUAGUGAUAGCAGUGAUGGUGUAUCAUUGUCAGAGUUUCUAUUCUCACUUCCCAGAUAUUCUGCUAAAAAGGGGGAGAGUCUUUCACAGGAUAGAUUGACUAAGAUCGGCCAGAUAACACUAGUUUGCCAGGAAGCCAUCUUUGACCGCAUUGUACUGCAAUGGUGGAGAAAUACUCUGAGGAGGAGAAAGGUACCUCAUGACUAUCUCCAGACUGAAGAGAAUUGCUAUCAAGACACUGUUUGUAAACAAGCCACCAAACAGGACUGUUAUAGGGCCAAUGGAGGUUCUCAUGGUCUGACAACUACCCGUAGCGGACGGAGGGUGGUCACGGUGGUCCGCAGGGAUGAAGACCGUGGCAGAUAUAUCAGGAAGUACUACAAGGGUAAAAUUCUGAACGAAGUCAGUGUCUUCUACAGAACAAGACACGUGCUGGUGGAUUUAGGGGUCCUUCCCCCUGAGGAUCGUCCAUCUGUAUCACGGGCCAGAAGUAAAGGUGACAGAGCUACAGAUAAAUCUGACGGGAUCCACAGCGUGAUCCAGCUAGAACCAUUACAGGACACUACACAGGCAGAGGAGCCCUUGCCUGGAGCUGAUCCCACCAAACUGCAGUGUGACACAGCCAUUGUGCUGCAGCCUACCUGUGGAAACACUGAUACAGGCACUUCCAGUCUACCUGUCACACAGGUGAACAAUAACACUAAUGCACCACAGUUAAAGGGUCACUGCAGUUAUGCCCCACCAGAUUCUACAAGUGAUCACAGCAUUCAGUCGUCACCAAAACCAAAGAAUACAACUGAAGAGAGGAGUAUUCCGCUUUCACCGUCGAAAGAAAAGGGUGCUGUUGAUGAUUCACAUUCUGCAGAAAAUGCCCCCUACUUGCCUUCCAUGUCAGCUGAGAAUGUCAAUGGCCAGUCUUCCUUGUCAACUGAUAAUGUCACCUAUCAGUCUUUUCCGUCAACUGAGUAUGUCACCUGUCAGUCUUCUCUGUCAGCUGAAAAUGUCGCUCUCCAGUCACCUCUGUCAGCUGAGAAUAUCACCUGUCAGUCUUCUUUGUCAACUGAGAAUGUCACUCGCCAGCCAUCUACGUCAGCUGCGAAUGGCACUUGUCAGUCUUCCCUGUCAGCUGAGAAUGUCAUGUCCCAGUCUUCUCUGUCAACUGAGAAUGUCACCUGUCGGUCUUUGUUGUCAGCUCAGGAUGUCGCCAGCCAGCCUUCUCCUCUAAUUAAUAAUGUCACCCUUUCAUCCAACAUGGACUCAAGACAGCCAGAUAUGCCCAGUUGCUGUCCAGGAAGUGCCUGGGUUCAAAGCAUUAUGUCUGGUGGUCAGGAUACUCCAUCUUACAGUAUGAGUCUGGAAUCUGUGGAAGUGAAGAGGGAAAUGCUGGCAAGUGUCUAUAAACAGAUGGAACUACCUGUACAGAAUGAGUAUCCUCAAGUCAAAGAUGAAGAUAUAGAGGAAAUUAUGGCGGUCGAACCACUUGGAAAUGUGAUCUUAAAACGCGAGUUCACGGCAGAGGAGAGCGUUAUUUACCUUGGUGAUGAGAUGUGUCACAUCUAUGAACCACCACCCAAGAAAGUGGAGCUAGUGUGUCUGUCACCUUGAUGAUGGUAAACAUUGAUUUGGGGUUUCCUCCUUGUUCGCUUUACCCAUCAAAAAAAAAAAAAAAGAAAGAAAGAAAAAGAAAGUGCAGACCUCUGGCGGGAAAUUUGACAGGUUGAUCAACCCUAGACAACCUUGAACUUGCACAGCAGACGAUAUUAUAUCCCUUUGCGCAUGUUAUAUAUAUAGAUUUUUUUGCUUAUUGCCUAUUUUUCGUUUCAUUCAUUUAUUUAUUCCUUAAACUUUGUCAAAAUAACGCGCAAAAUAACGCAAACUGAAAUUUGUGAUCUCUCAAUCUUGUCAGACGCCACAUGUGCCUAUUUCGGACAGUAGGUAGAGCUGGCAUUAAGUAGUAGUCCAAGAGAUAUGUAGACAUUUUCAUAUUGUCAAAAGUCUGAUAGAAAUUUGAUACAAAAAAACGAAUAAACAGAUAAAAUUCA